CGUGAUCCUCUUCUACCCGAAAGCGACUUACCUCAGCCAUUCCCCCUGCGGACCAAUUCCCGUUCUACCCUGAUUGGCAUACAAAGACUUGCCUUGCUCGGUCAAAGCUAAGGUGGGUCUCUGCCUGACGAUACAUCUCACAAGCAUCUUCGCAAGAUCCUUUCAGUCCUAUCACCUUAUAUAUCGAGCAACCCCCUGCUGAACACAUUCCUGUCACUUCUUGCCGUCUAGAAAAGAUCAUACUACCGAUUUUCCUCAACCAUGGGCUCCUACGAUCGUGCCAGGGUGUCUAUUUUUGAUAUUCGUGGAGACAAGUCCGGCCAGUCACUCUUGGAGACACUUCGUCGGUCCUUGAACCCUUCCAAUGGGGAGCCGCGUACAUUUCCGACUUUGCUGUUAUAUGAUGGUACAGAGGUUCUGGUUGUGUGAGACAAACACUAAACAAUUGCAGAAAGGGGUUUGAAACUGUUUGAGGACAUCACUUACUUGGACGAAUAUUACCUCACCAAUGCCGAGAUUGAGACCCUCGAGACACAUGCCGGCGAGAUUGUCGCUCGAUUUCCAAACAACGCCCGGCUUGUGGAACUUGGAAGCGGAAAUCUGCGUAAAGUCGAUAUCCUCCUGAGGGCUUUCGAGGCAGCCAAAAAGCCAGUUGAAUACUAUGCCCUGGACCUUUCCCUCUCUGAACUUGAGCGCACAUUCUCCGAGCUGGACACCGGUGCCUACCAAUACGUCAAUUUUCGGGCGUUACAUGGCACGUACGACGACGCUCUAUCCUGGCUGAAGCAGUUGGAAAAUGAUGGCAAAACCACAUGUGUCAUGACCUUGGGUUCCUCAAUCGGCAAUUUUACUCGAGAAAGCGCCGCCCAGUUCCUUGCCGAGUUCAAAAAGGUGCUCACGGCGUCGGACACUAUACUUGUCGGACUCGAUGGUUGCCAACAACCUGACCGCGUUUACCGAGCCUAUAAUGAUACACCAAAAACCACGGAAAAGUUCUACCGAAAUGGCCUAUCACAUGCCAAUGCUAUUCUUGGCUAUGAAGCAUUCAAGCAACAUGAGUGGCAGAUUGAAGGCCUGUACGACGACAAGCAGAACAGACAUCAAGCGUCGUAUGUUGCUUUGACAUCGAUUGAAACUCGAGACUUCUCUUUCGAGAAAGGUGAAAAGAUCCGUUUGGAAGACGCUUUCAAAUAUUCCCAAGUGGACAGCGAUCGACUCUGGCACGAGGCUGGGCUGGUUCUACAGAUGGCUUAUGGCAACAAGACCAACGAUUAUUUUGUUCAUCUGCUCUCCCCUGCCGUUAUUAACUUCCCAACAAAGCCGGCAGAAUUCGCAGCUAGCCCUGUUCCUACACUGAAUGACUGGCAACAACUAUGGGCUGCUUGGGACAUAGUCACCAAGUCCAUGGUUCCAAGGGAGGAGCUCUUGAAUAAGCCGAUCAAGUUGCGAAAUGACCUGAUCUUUUACCUAGGUCACAUUCCCACAUUUGCAGAUAUCCAUGUCACAAAGGCCACUGCUGGGAAGCCAACCCAUCCGGGCUCUUACUGGUCCAUUUUCGAGCGAGGAAUUGAUCCUGACGUCGACAAUCCCGAAGUAUGCCACGACCACAGCGAGAUUCCCGAUUCCUGGCCACCACUCGAGGACAUUUUGAACUACCAGAACCGCGUACGCUCCCGCAUCACUGAGAAGAUCACUUCCGGCGAGGCAUUUUCCGACCGUAAACUCGGGCGCGCACUCUGGCUCGGCUACGAACACGAAGCCAUGCACCUCGAAACAUUCCUGUACAUGCUCCUGCAGAGCGAGCGCGUCCUCCCACCAGCUGGCCAAGAAGUCCCCGACUUCAAGGCGCUUGCAGCAGAAGCCGAGGCUAACCGCGUCCCAAGUAAAUGGCACAAGAUUCCGGCCAGCAAUGUCAAAAUCGGCCUGGAUGACCCCGAGAACGACCUUGGACUGGACAGAUACUUUGGCUGGGACAACGAACGACCGGCUCGCACGGUCGCGGUCAAGGAGUUCGAAGCACAUAGCCGACCGAUCAGCAACGGCGAAUACGCUCGGUUCCUGGAGGUCACGCAUCAAGACUCCCUGCCCGCGUCGUGGACAACCUCCGCAUCCUCUGCCCCCGCCAACGGUACAACAAACAACGGGAAUGCCCAUGCUGAAACCGGCGUCAUCGAAACGGCUAGCCCCUCCUGGCUCGAAGGGAAAUCCGUCCGCACCGUGUACGGCCUCGUCCCGCUGAAAUUCGCACUCGACUGGCCGGUCAUGGCCUCGUACGACGAACUCGUCGCCUUCGCGAAGUGGUCGGACGGGCGAAUCCCGACCCUCGAAGAAGCGCGGAGCUUAUACAAGUACGUGCAAGACCAGCAGCAGAGCACCGUCGAGAAGGUGACGAGUAAAUUGAUCUCGGCGGUGAAUGGGCACUUGUCGAAUGAGGGCGUGCAAGAGACCCCUCCAUCCAGCCAUUGGUAUCCCAGCGGCGCCGCUGCCGUCAAUGGCAGCAGCGCAAAGCUCAACCCGAAUGAUACAUUCCUCGAUCUCGACGACCGCAACAUCGCUUUCCGACACUUCCACCCCACGCCCGUCACCGGGUCGGACCACUUACGCGGCCAAGCCGACCUCGGCGGGCUGUGGGAAUGGACGAGCACUCCGCUGGCGCCGCACGAGGGUUUCAAGCCCAUGGACUUGUACCCAGGGUAUACGGCAGACUUCUUCGACGGCAAGCACAACGUGUGCCUGGGCGGCAGUUGGGCAACCGUUCCUCGCAUCGCGCUGAGGAAGAGCUUUGUCAAUUGGUACCAGCGCAACUAUCCUUAUGUGUGGUGUACGGCCAGGCUUGUCAGGGAUGUGCCCGUCUCGAACUAGUCCAGCCUGGAGGGGGGCCCCGCCGGCAGAGCUGGACACAAGGGUACUGUAUCUGUGGGAUAUGCGGCUGUCCGAACAACAGCAAACUUUGAUCCACUCUUCGGGCUCUUUGAUCAACGCUGGACCUGAGGACUGUCUGUUGUUGUCCGUUUGGCUGCCCCCCUGGGAACGGGACCAGGCAGGGAAGGCGGAAUAUCUGGGCAGAUUUGGCAAAGUUGCGUUUCCUUUUCGACUUGUUGAUGGCUGGACUUCGGCCAGAUCCACUCCUUGUUUAUACGUGAUCGGGACUUCCGGUCUCGACAUGAUAUUGAAUUGGAUGCAGCUGGAUUCAACCAUGAUUGGUUUCAUUAUGAAAACAAAAAAAAACGACAAGUAUAUACACUCGUUAUACUCACGCAAUGACGAAAUGAACAGCAUAAUUUGCUCCCCUC